AUGGAGAAGGUAAAUGAAAUGAAAGCCAAGCUGGGUGAGAAGCUCGGAUUCGAUCAGAAAUUCAAUCACACUUCCAGUGAUCUACCGUAUACCAAAGUGGACGACAAAGCCGAUGACAAAACCAAAAAUCCAUUUUCGGAGACAAUUGAAGUAAGUGUAAUAUAAAAAAUGUCAGCUUUUUUGGCAAAACAUAAUGUAAAAUUCUAAUAUGUGUCUUAGAAAAUUGCAGGCUUUUUUUUCAUAAACCUGAAGCAAAAAAAAAUUUUUUUUAAUCAAAUUUUUUUGGUGUCUAAAAUAAUAUAAAAAAAUUUAAUUUUACAUUCAAUAUUCUUUUUUCAGUGCUAUAAAUGGUCGUUUGCAACGAUCCUUCUUGUCUAUGGACUUCAUACCCUCUGGCUAUGCUGCAGUUUACCCAAUGUAAUCCAUGUGAUUACUGGGAUUUUCUGUCUGAUUUUGGUGGUCUUCUGCAGAAAUAAUCGCCGACUUGACCUGGUCCCCAGUCUGAUUUAUUGUGUAAGUUAUUUUAAGACCGUAUUUUAUAAUUUAACUAUUUUUUUUUUUUUUUUUUUUUUUUUUUGAAAUCCAAAAUUUUUUCCAUUCAAGAAAAUUUUGUUUAAAAAUAGAUAAUACUUUGCAUAAUUGUUGCCUAUAACAACCUAAUACUAAAAAUGUUGAAAGAGCAUGUUUUUAAUGGGUUUCCCUCCAAAAAUAUCCUUUUUUGGGAUUUUUCCACUCCAUAAUUCCCCUCGAAAUGCAAUUGUUUUUAACCACAAAUCACAAGCAAAACGAUUAUUUUGCAGUUCAAAUUGAAUAAAUUAGAGGUCGAUUCGGAUCCGAAAAGUAGUUCCAGCACAACACAGAAGCUGCGGAUAAUAUGAUUUAUUCUCAGCACAAGUCAAAUCAGUAACGUUUUGGAAGCGUUAAGGAUUAGAAUAUAUAAAUUGCUGUGCUUUUACAGAGAACAUGUUUCACUAAAAACAAAAGUACUUAGAUUUUGAUGAAGUUGAGAAUAAAGGCAAAGCAGAAUUUUUGAGCUCAUUUUGUACUUCAACUAUUGGGAUUUUUAGACCAAAAAAUUGUUUUCAAAAAUUUUUUCAAUCCUAAAAAUUUUAAGAAAAUUUUGUGGUGCAAUUAAAACUAGUCCGUUCGUAAAGUCGCUGGAUUAAUUUUUGGCGUUUGCACUGUGCAGAAAAAAUCAGGGUGCGAGCGACACCCAAAAAAAGCCAAUUGCACGGUGCAAAAAAGCAAGAAAUUGCACAGUGCAAAAUGCACUUUUAUUUUCGCACAGUGCAUGUCGCAGAAAUGAUUUUUGGUGUUUGCACUGUGCAGAACAAAUCAGGGUGCGAGCGACACCCAAAAAAAGCUAAUUGCACAGUGCAAAAUGCACUUUUAUUUUCGCACAGUGAAUGUCGCAGAAAUCACUUAGCUUUGCGAAUGGACUAGUAAAAAAAUAUGGUUUCCGUUCAGAGUAGCGACACUGGACUACAUGAAAUAAACUGCUGUAGUUCGAGAAAUAUGAGUUUUAAUUUUGAUGACCAAUCAUCUCUAAAACAAUAUAAAAAAUUUUAAAAAAUGGUGUUCACGUUGAACAAGGGUGAACUGACACUUAUAAAAAUCCGUAUUCUAACAAAAUUUUAAAUUUCAGCUCGGUCUGAACCUGCAAAUCUGCCCUUUGAUCUUCCCCUUGAUCAGCCAAUGUCUCUCCCUAAAGGACUCGGACUACCCUCAAGAAGUCAUGUAUUUCAUCCUGUACGAUGCCUAUGUCCAAUUCUUCGUCUUCGGGAUCACCAUGAUCUCGCUGAUCCUGUUGCCCAUCGCCAUUUACAACGAGCCGCGCUUCGAGGCGUCAGAUCUGGACGAUCAGCCUCCUCUUCCCUGGUACAGUAAAUGGUGCUAUUUUGUGACGGCACUGGUAAUUGUAUUGGUCAUCGGAGUGGUCUGGGUGGGCUUUGGAUCAUUUACCGUCCAGAAGGUCCGAGAAAUCACGAACAUCCAGGAAAUCAGACAUUGGAGGAUCUGCUGA